AUGGCUGAACCUUCCGAACUGGCUCUCUUUUCUGAUCCUCCCAAUCAAGUGGCGGUUCACAAAAUUUAUUUCCAGGAAACACGUCCCAUUUCGUCUUUUGAUUCGGAAUUCGCGCCCCUGGAAUUUUCCGUUCCUGGAAAUGGUGGAGAAUACCUAGAUCUUAGAAAGAGUCGACUUUACCUCAAAGCCAAAAUCACUAAGGCGGAUGGUACGGCUCUGGAUACUGCGGAAAAGACGGGUAUCGUCAAUUUACCUCUUCAAGCUCUGUUCUCUCAAAUCGAUGUCUACAUGAAUGGAAAAUGCGUCUCUCACAAUGCCAACAAUUACCCAUGGAAAGCUUACCUUAAAGUACUACUGUCUACUGGAAUAGAAACAUCGAAAUCUCAGAUGCAGACUCAGUUAUUCUGGCCCGACGGAGAAGGUUUGGGGGACCCGGAUGCUGCAGGAGGGACUAACAUGUCACUCAGAAAGAGAUACGUACAUACACAACUGUCUAGAACUUUCGACCUGGAAGGUCCCCUUUACGUGGAUUGUUUCUAUCUGGAUAAGUAUCUCAUCAAUGGAGUGGAUGUUCAACUCAGGUUAUUCAGAUCAAAGAAUGAAUUCGUAUUGAUAAGUAAAGAAGCUUCUCCGGCCUACAAAGUCACAAUAUUAGAUGCCAUAUUUAAAGCAUGUAAAGUGAAAGUAGACAGUGCCAUUCAAGUGAAUCAUGCCAAUGCCAUACUCAAGUCACCGGCAAGGUAUAAUUACCUGAAGACUGGCGUCAAGAUGACAACCAUUUCAGAUAAAACCAGUGAGUUCUUCUGGGACGACGUCUGGAACGGAAAAAGACCCUCUAAAGUUUUUGUGACCUUCGUCAGACAGUCGGCCGUUAACGGCAGUUACGGGGACAACCCCUUCAACUUUGAACACUUUGAUUUAUCUGAAAUUGUUCUGUAUGUCAACGGAGAACUUACACCCGUUCGUCCUAUGAAGUUAGACUUUGGUGAUAAUAGAAAUUUUGUUACUCCUCUUUGUAACCUCUAUCAAUCCUCUGAAAGAUGGUUAAAAGACGAAAGUCUUAUCAUCGAUCGAGAGAGAUUUGCAGAAGGUUAUGCCAUAUACGCCUUUGACCUCGUCCCCACCGACCUCGGAGACGGGUAUAUAAACCUGGUACAUCAAGGCAACGUCGGAGUUUAUGCACGCUUUUCAAAGCCCACUACAGUGACUAUUAGUGCCAUUGCCUACUGUGAAUGUCCCGGACUCCUCUUGAUCGAUCAUACCAGAGAGAUUAGACAGCUGUAA